AUGGAUGAGUUCAAAGCUGCUGGUGCCACUCGCGUGGUUGCUCUGGUGAAAGAAGACCUGGAGAAUGAGGUCAAAGAGUUCCGUGAAGGCUUUUGGCCUGGUGAGGUGCUCAUGGACUCGGAGCAUAAAUUCUACAAGGCCUUGGGCGGCGGUGAGACCCACCAGCCAUUGGGACUGCUCUCUUUUCUCGGCAUGAUGUUGAACCCGUUCAGCUCGAGCAAGACGAAGGCCAACAUCAAGAACACGACAACGCCUGGGAAUAUGAAGGGUGAGGGCUUCAUCGCUGGUGGUUGCUACGUCUUGAACAAAGACGGGACACCUGCCUUCAGUCACCUCGAGGAGAAUUUGGGAGACCACGCCAAGCCAGAGGACAUAGUGGACGGUUGUUAA